GCCGGUCCAUGAUCCAGUGAAUUACUCAGCAAAGAAGUAGAACAUUUGAAGGUUUAAAGGAGGGAAAUUUUCAAAUUCACUAUCAAAUAUUGAAUUCAAUCAUGGCUCAACAAGACGAACUUGCCACUGCAAUUUUGAAGAAUAAAUCUCGUCCAAACCGUUUAGUGGUUGAGGAAGCUAUAAAUGAUGACAACUCGGUCGUCACUAUGUCUCAGAACAAAAUGGAGGAACUUCAGCUUUUCAGAGGAGAUACUGUUCUUAUAAAGGGCAAAAAACGAAAAGAUACGGUCUGUAUUGUACUUUCUGAUGACACAGUCUCUGAUGAAAAGAUUAGAAUGAACAAAGUUGUACGGCACAACCUACGAGUUAGGCUCGGUGAUAUUAUUAGUGUACAAUCUUGCCCUGACGUCAAGUAUGGCAAAAGGAUACAUGUUUUGCCAUUUGAUGACACAGUUGAAGGUCUAACAGGAAAUUUAUUUGAUGUUUAUCUCAAACCGUACUUUGUUGAGGCUUACAGACCUAUCAAGAAGGGUGAUGUGUUUCGUGUACGUGGUGGUAUGAGGGCUGUAGAGUUCAAGGUCAUUGAGACUGAUCCCAAUCCAUACUGUAUAGUAGCACCUGAUACUGUGAUUCAUUGUGAAGGAGAACCAGUCAAGAGAGAGGAGGAAGAGGAAUCUCUAAAUGAAGUUGGUUAUGAUGAUAUUGGUGGAUGCAGAAAGCAAUUGGCUCAGAUCAAAGAGAUGGUGGAGCUUCCUCUUAGACAUCCUCAGUUGUUUAAAGCCAUUGGUGUUAAGCCUCCAAGAGGUAUUCUGCUAUAUGGCCCACCUGGUACAGGAAAGACACUUAUGGCCAGAGCUGUUGCUAAUGAAACUGGUGCAUUCUUCUUUCUUAUCAAUGGUCCUGAGAUAAUGAGCAAAUUGGCUGGUGAAUCAGAAAGUAACCUCAGAAAAGCUUUUGAAGAAGCUGAAAAGAAUGCUCCUGCUAUUAUUUUCAUUGAUGAAUUAGAUGCAAUUGCACCAAAAAGAGACAAGACCCACGGUGAGGUGGAAAGACGUAUUGUGUCCCAACUAUUGACUCUGAUGGACGGUCUCAAACAAAGAUCACAUGUCGUUAUCAUGGCAGCUACAAAUAGGCCUAACAGCAUUGACACAGCUCUCAGACGGUUUGGUCGUUUUGAUCGUGAAGUUGACAUUGGAAUCCCUGAUGCAACUGGACGUCUAGAAAUCCUCAGAAUCCACACUAAGAACAUGAAAUUAGGUGAAGAUGUUGACCUGGAACAGAUUGCUGCUGAGACUCAUGGUUAUGUUGGUUCUGAUGUAGCAUCUCUUUGCUCAGAAGCUGCUCUUCAACAGAUUCGUGAAAAAAUGGACUUGAUUGACUUGGAAGAUGAAACCAUUGAUGCUGAGGUGCUGGAUUCCUUAGCUGUAUCAAUGGAUAAUUUCAGAUACUCAAUGGGUGUGUCCAACCCAUCAGCGUUGCGGGAAACUGUUGUUGAAGUCCCCACAACAACAUGGGACGACAUUGGAGGCCUUGACGGCGUAAAGCGUGAGCUGCAAGAACUUGUCCAGUAUCCAGUUGAACAUCCCGAUAAGUUCCUCAAGUUUGGCAUGACGCCAUCUAAAGGUGUGUUGUUUUAUGGCCCACCUGGAUGUGGUAAGACUCUUCUAGCCAAGGCCAUUGCCAAUGAAUGUCAGGCAAACUUCAUCUCUGUCAAGGGACCUGAGUUGUUGACCAUGUGGUUUGGUGAAUCUGAGGCUAAUGUUAGAGAUGUCUUUGACAAGGCUCGUAGUGCAGCUCCUUGUGUUCUGUUCUUUGAUGAGUUGGAUUCUAUAGCCAAAUCAAGAGGUGGUAAUGUCGGUGAUGGUGGUGGCGCUGCUGACCGUGUUAUUAACCAAAUCUUAACAGAGAUGGAUGGAAUGAAUGUCAAGAAAAAUGUAUUUAUUAUUGGUGCUACUAACAGACCAGACAUUAUUGACCCUGCCAUUUUACGACCUGGUCGUCUUGAUCAGCUUAUUUAUAUUCCUCUUCCUGAUGAAGCAUCAAGAAUUUCAAUUCUGAAUGCCAAUUUAAGAAAGUCUCCAGUAGGAAAGGAAGUUGACAUGGUCUAUAUUGCUAAAGUUACUCAUGGUUUUAGUGGUGCUGACUUAACAGAAAUCUGCCAAAGGGCUUGUAAGCUGGCAAUCAGGGAAUCCAUUGAGACUGAAAUCAAUAGAGAGAAAAAACGUGCUGAAAAUCCAGACCUUGACAUGGAAGUGGAAGAUGAGGAUCCUGUCCCAGAAAUCAGAAAAGACCACUUUGAGGAAGCCAUGAAGUUUGCUCGUCGUUCAGUCAGUGAUAAUGAUAUUAGGAAAUAUGAAAUGUUUGCUCAGACCCUACAGCAAAGCAGAGGAUUUGGAGGAAACUUUAGAUUCCCAAGCCAGUCAGGUGGUGGCGAAGGCUCCCAGGGGGGUGCAGGUGGAUCAGGGGGGGCUGACCCUCUAUAUGACGAUGGAGAUGAUGACCUGUACAGCUAGAUAUCAUUAUAGAUCAAAUACUUGCAGAUAGUUGUUGGUGGAUUGUGAUAUUUUAUUCUUUCUAAUAAUAAUGAACAUUACAUUAUUUUGCUGUUUUUGUAAAAAGAUUGUUCAGUUCAAAGCCAGGGGUAAAUAAAGACAUUCAUUGAAAAGAUUUCUUAUAACAAUUCAGUGUGCUAAGAGUGAUUUUAUUAACCGCAUGAAAGUCAAAUGACAAGCAAUGGAUUGUGAAUGUAAUUUACUGGGUGAAGAGAUCAAAUCUAAACACAAUGUAGAGUGAGGUCAUAAAACAUUAAAAUUAAACAGUUAAUGCAUAAUUUUAGUAAAUAUCAGCUAACAUACUAUAGGUUUAUAAGUUUAAAAUCUUUAUUACAUGUAUUUUAAUGCCGCUAUUUCAUGUGUUAUAUAAAAUCACUCGGUUUUACCCAACAGAAAACAGUACAUUGUUAUUCGCCUUUUUAGAUUGAACUAUUUGAAUCACAAUAUUUGCAUUGAAGUAACAGCUCUAAUACUCUUACCACAGGUAGUUAGCUGUAGCUUAAAUAUACAAUUAACAAUUAAAUAGUCUCGUUGAUUAAGACUUUAUUAAAAAAAUGUCCUUUUUUCAUAAGAUUGUAUUACAUUGUAGGUACAUUACAAAACAGAAAAUAAAAAAAA